AUGAGUUGGUCUGGACUUAAAAAGAAAAUUGAUCGUACACAAACCAAGUUAUCACAAAAAAUUGGUACAAUUGAAAAAACGGUUGAUAAAGAUUUUGAUGAAGAAGAGAAACAAAUAAAAAAUCUUGAACAAAAGACAGAAAAAAUUCAUAAAGAAGCCAAAGGAUAUUUGGAAUCCAUGCAUGCAAUGUCAACAGCACAAUUAAAAAUAGCAGAAACAAUUAAUCAAUUUUAUGAAGACUCAUCAGAGCAAGUUUUUGUUGGAAAUAAAUAUAAAGAUGCAGUUGAAUUGAUAGAUCAUAAUUGUAGAACAUAUUUAGAUGAACCUUACAAACAUACAGUGACUAAUCCUAUUGGAAAACUUUGUGCAUAUUUCCCAGAAAUAAAUGAGACAAUAAAGAAAAGAGAUAAGAAAUUAUUAGAUUAUGAUGCUCAACGUGCAAAAGUUAGAAAAUUGAUUGACAAACCAGAAGAUUCAAAUAAAUUAUCAAGAGCAGAAGAAACAUUAAACGAGACAAAAUUGCAAUAUGAGUCAUUGAAUAGACAAUUGAUAGAAGAGUUGCCUAAAUUAAUUGAUCUAAGAGUUCCAUAUAUAGAUCCCUCUUUUGAAGCACUUGUGAAAAUACAAUUGAAAUUUUGUCAAGAAAGUUACGAUAGAUUAAAUGAUUUACAAAGAUAUUUUCCAAGUAGUAAUAAUAAGGUUGAGACUGUCUUACAACAAAUGAAAGAAUUAUCAAUUUAUGGUAGAGGAGUUUGUUCUGCUGAUGGCCUGGAAAACAUAUAA